AUGAAAGAAUUAAUUAUCUCAGGCUUUUUACUAGGAGUUUCAAGAGCAGCAACAACAGAUACAGAGAAUAUACCAAUUAACCCUGCAGCACUUUCUGGAAUUCUCAUUGUCUUAAUGCUUUUAGUUUUCUUAUAUGUAGGAUUAAAUGCACUUGGGAGUAUUGAAGGUCCAACUACAUACUCAAAUGUUCCUCUUAUAGUUGGUAAAGAAAAAUAA